AUGGACGAAGAACAACAAGAACACAAAGAAAUCACAGACACAGCCUUUAACGACAAAUCAGAUUUAUGCCAACAACUGUUAAACCGUUAUGGCAAGUCCUCCGCCCUGCAGCACCGCCACCUCUGCGCCACCGCCGCCGCCACUCGUUCAAUAAUUCAAUCCGAAUAUUUACCCCUGACUCCGCUGUCUUAUUUCGCCGCCACAAUAUCCGCCAUUGCCGAAACAGCGAAAACCCUGGACAUCAAUGCGGUGUCGGCCUUGUCUUCGUUCUUUGCUAUUGUGGUCCCUUUGGUUCCGGGAAAGGCGAUUGCGAGCGGGAAGGCGAGUGAGGCGGUGAGUGUGCUUGUAGAGAUGUUGGAGAGUAAGACUAUGGGGACGGCGAGUGUGAGGGCUGUGAUUAAGUGUUUGGGGGUUUUGAUAGGGUUUUGUGAAUUGGAGGAUUGGGAUUCGGUUAAAUUGGGGUUCGAGACACUACUUAAGUUCUCUAUUGAUAAGCGUCCAAAGGUCAGGAAAUGUGCUCAAGAUUGUGUUGUGAAGGUUUUCAAGUCUUUUGACUCAUCCACUGUUAUUAAGGAGGCAAGCAAACUGGUAUAUUCCUUACUUAUUAGUCACAUGCCUUUGGCUGUUGAAAUAAGUGCAUCAAGGGCUUUACAUGGAUCUAGAGAUGAGUCAUUGUCAAAACCUGAGCAACUAGAGGUCCUCCAUAUGCUGAAUGUGCUGAAGCUUAUUGUUCCAUUUCUCUCUGUCAAAGUUAGUUUAAAAGUAAUUAAGGACUUACAAAAGCUCAUGAGUUGCCAGUUCUCAGCUUUGACAAGGCACAAUUUUGAUAUCAUUGAAGCAAUGCACGCAUAUUCAAGACCUGAAGUUAUAAUUCGACAGGCCGAUACCAUCAUAAACUCCCUUGCUUCGUACAUAUCCCUGGGAAUGAACCCUGUGGAUACUGUUUUGUCAGCAGCUAAUUUGUUAAAAGUUACUUUCGAGAAACUAUAUGCUAGUGAGCCUAGCAAUUGCACCAGACAUUUCCCUUUGGUGUUUCGCUCUAUUACAGGUCUUCUACUUUCUGAGGCUAGUACUGCUUCACAGGCUUCACAAAUUUUGCAAGAAUUGAUCAACUGCCAUAUUGAUAGAAAUCUUUUAAUCAUUGAAAACCAGCCAGUUGAUAAUGUAGCUGUGUGUAACACAGAAACAACUGCAAUAAUAUCUACGUGCACUAUCUUUGAUAAUGUGCUGAGCUCCUGUGGUGGGAUCCCUAAUGAACAUAUUUUGGCAGUCUUAUCAGUUUUGUUCCUAAAACUUGGUGAUAUCUCAUCCUUCUAUAUGAAGGGUAUACUUCUUAAACUCUCCGAAUUGUUGACCAUUGCUGUUAGGAAUACAUCUGACACAAAACAUCUCCAGAAGUGUAUUGGAUCUGCAAUUAUUGCGAUGGGACCGGAGAAACUCCUUACCCUGUUACCUAUUACUUUUAAUGAUGAAGAUCUCUCCUGUUCAAACAUUUGGUUGAUUCUUAUUCUAAAGAAUUAUGUUAUUGGAUCAUCUUUAGGGUUCUUUAUGGACCAUAUUGUGCCUCUCGCAGAAUCCUUACAGCAAGCCUCUCAUAAAGACAAAAAGCAAGUGAUUGGACAGGAUCUGCGGGAUCAUGCCCAUUGCUGUUGGGAAUUGUUACCUGCCUUUUGCCGCUAUCCCACUGACAUAUACCAAAAUUUUGGCCGCUUGGCCAAACUCUUACUUCCUUUUCUCAAGAAGGACUCCUUUAUGCUCCAAAAUGUUGCCAUUGCUUUGCAGGAACUUGUGAAUCAAAACAGAAGAGUCCUUUUAUCUAAUACGGCUGCCAGUGAUUUUGCAAACCUUCCAACAUCUGAAGUAAAUAUAGCGUUCGAAAGUAAACCAUCUUAUUCAAAGAAAACUGCAAGCAGGAAUGUCAGGGCUUUGGUCUCAUGUUCUGAGGAGCUGCUUUUGGCUUUGACCGAUGUUUUAUUCGAUUCACCUCCUGAGAAGCGCUCUUUUUUAAAGAAUGCAAUUGGAAGCUUAGCAUCCAUUACUGAUUCUUCGGUAGUUAGAAAGAUUUUCAUUUCAUGUCUUGAGAGAUUUCAGCUCGUCGACGAUUUAGGUGAAUGUGGAAAGCUGGUGAGUCAUACCAAUGCUUCUGUAGAUGAAGAACAAAGCAGUUCAAUUUCUAUGGGGAAAGAUAUGAAGAGGUGUAUGAUACUGGAAUUAGCAUCUUCUAUUGUUGAAGGAGCUAGUGAGGAUCUCAGCAAUCUAAUCUUUAACUUCAUUAGACACGCUUUGCAGGAGGCUAAUGAGAUUGUUCAGCGCGAGUCAUAUCACACUCUCAGCAGAAUUAUAGAGGAACAUUCUUCAUUUUGUUCUUCUCGAUUUGUUGAGCUGAUGGAUUUACUACUCAAUCUGAAAUCCCCUGUUGAUAUCUUAUCACUGAGAAGUCGUUUCACUUGCUUCCAGACCUUGUUGGUUCACACAAUAAAGAGAAGUUCGGAUGAUGAAAUUGCAAAAGCUUUUCUUAUUCUCAAUGAGGUUAUACUUGCAUUAAAAGAUUCCAAGGAAGAAGGCAGGAAAGCUGCUUAUGAUACCCUUCUCAAGAUAAGUUCCAUCUUGCAAAACUCAUCGUGCACGACUGAUGAUGGACCUUAUCACAAACUAAUCAGCAUGGGACCAGGGAUGAGUGGAGAAAAUGGAUGGAUGAGAACUUCAGGUGAUCCUGUGACGGUACCAGGACUCCACUAUAUUAAGGUUGUUGUAGCGUAUUUGGAUGAGGACCCUUAUUCAUGGGGAAAUGGCUUUAGAGAUAUGCAAAAGACUGAAAGAGGAUGGCAGCUUGUGGGAACGAUGAAACAGGGAGAUUGGAGGCCUAGGGAGGUUAGAACCUUGAUGGCUCUUUGGAAGACAGUGGUAAGGGGAUGGAAGGAUAUUGCAAAAUAUGUGGUGAUGAUUGUUGGCAAUGGUAGAUGGACAAGGUUUUGGUAUGCCACACGGCAUGGAUAUCGGUAUUCGGGUGGCAGAUAUCCUGACAGAUAUGAUGAAGUACCCAGGCAGGUCUUCCAUGGAGGAGGCUUUGGGGCAUGA